AAAAAGAAAAAAAAAAAAAAAAAAACAAGAAAAAAACAACCAAAAACCAAAAACCAAAAACCAACAACAAUCACGAAAAAUGACCGUGUUGUCGACCGGCGCGCUGCUCGUCAAGCCUGUUCCUGUCGAGUGCUCGGCAGAGGAUGUUCUUGCAGCCAUGAAGGAGAGCCUGGGCGAGCUCGGGGCCACGGCGUUGGCUGCCACGCUCGACCGCCCGUCGUGCAUUGUCGAAUUUCCCUCUCAGGAUCACGCUCGAGCUGCGCUUGCGUCACUCCGCUCCCAGCUGUGGAUUGGCGAUGUGGGUGCACGCGUCGUGCUGCACUCUGUCCCUCAGCCUCCAGCGGCACUGAUCGUCAGGCCCGUCCCAGCAGGCAAGUCGGCGGACGACGUCCUCGCCUGCAUGCGAGACAGCCUCGGUUCCCAAUUUGCUGUGUCUGCUGCCAUUUCGGCCUCGCUCGAGAGCGCAGUCUGCACCGUCUUGUUUCCGUCCGACGCCGAUGCUACGGCCGCUCUCCAGCAGUUGAAUUCGCAGCUGUGGUUUGACGAUGUCGGAAUGCGUGUGUCUCGGCCAACCCACCAAAUUGCUGCCCGCGCCGUUCCGAAGACGACUCAGAGCCACCCUCCUCCUUCUGCUGCUGCUGCUGCUGCUGCUGCUGCUGCACUUUCUCCUGCGCCGACCUCGGUUCCUCAGCCUGCUCCUUCUGCUGCUCCUGCUCCUCAUCACGCGUUCGCUCCGCCUGCGGCUUCCUCCAACCCCCAGCUUCAGGCCAAUCCAUUCGCCACUCCCGUCGUCGCCUCCCACAACCCGUUCGCCACUCCCGACGCCUCCCAGAAUCCGUUCGCCACUCUCGUCGCCUCCAACAAUCCGUUCGCCACUCCCAUUGCCUCUAGCACGGCUGCUCCUGUUGCGACCCAGUCGUCCUACAUGCCGAUGCCCGCACCUUUCGAUUCUUUCGCCCACCAUGCCACUCAUCCUCACGGUGCAGGCUACUCGGCGGGCCAGCAAGACUACAGAUCGACGGGGGUCGCUGGCCAAGUUCCUGAGAGCUUCGGCUUGGUCGCCCCACUUGCCUCCUUUGCAUCAUGA